CAUUCCAUUUUUCCGAAAGAACAAAAACUCACACAGAGAGAGAGAGAGAGAGGCAAAGAAGUUGAACAAUGGCGUGGAGGGGACAGCUUUCUCGAAAUCUUAAGGAGCUUCGCAUCUUAUUCUCUCCUAAUUCACCUUCCAGCUCUUCUACUAGAGCUUUCAUCGAGAACAAUUACAAGGAUCUGAAGACGAAAAACCCUAGGCUCCCGAUUUUGAUCCGUGAGGCUACAGGAAUCGAGCCUCAGCUUUGGGCUAGAUAUGACAUGGGCGUCGAGAGGGGAAUACGUUUGGAAGGCUUAAACGAGGAGCAGAUUUCGAAGGCGCUUGAAGACCUCUCUAAGGGAGGGGCGGCAGCCGUUUAAAGGCUGAAGCAUUCAGCUGUUGCAUUUUUUUACCCAGACUCAAUAAAAUGGCAGGCAUCUUGAUUUCGUGCACCGAUGUAUUUGAGUUAAUUGUCUGAUAAUUUCACCUUUUGUAAACUGCUUCUUGCAAAAAAAAAAAAAACAGUUGCUUGUUUAUUGUAGCCUUUGUGGGAAAUACGAUACAUCCAUAAAUUAAUCUUCCAGUGUAUUACUGCACCCGGAUUAACUUUCUUGAUUGUUUCUUGUUUUCGAUUGUCA